CCCUCUGGAAUUUUAAUGAAGCUCUUUGUAAUAGCUGUAAAUAUUUUGCUUGUAAGGACACUUCAUAGUUUUCCUGUAUAUAUCAUUUUUGCACUUGGAAUACUUGAUGGUUGAACAAAUGUCAGCAUGGCUACCUUUUUAUCUGUUAAUAGUAAAUAAAAGAAAUUGCUCUUACUCUAAAAUUGCCUUCUUUACUCACAAAAGCCUCCUCUGAGUGCUGCUUAUUUUUUUCAACAAAAUAUCCUUCCCAUGUUCUUAUAGAAAAGUAAAACUGGCAGGUGUUGAUUUGUAACAAGUUUACCUGAGAGAUUUACUUUUCUUUUUAAUAAAAUAUUAAACAAUGAAAUUGGGUUUCUUCUAGUAUUAAGUAACUUGUGUACUUUCUUAUGACUGCUAAUUAAAAGAAGUAGAGAAAGUUCCACGAUUGUAAUUGGUACUUUUCCAGUUUUAAAAAUUCUUACUGCUUUAUAAACCCAAAGUGCUUAUUAAUUUUAGCUGGAAGAAAGCAGGAAUGUUCAGAAGCAAAUGAAGAUUUUGCAGAAGAAGCAAGCCCAGAUUGUGAAAGAGAAAGUCCAUUUGCAGCGUGAGCACAGCAAAGCUAUCUUGGCAAGAAGCAAACUUGAAUCUCUUUGCAGGGAACUCCAGCGUCACAGUAAGACAUUAAAGGAAGAAAAUAUGCAGCAUGCAAGAGAAGACGAAGAAAGACGUAAAGAAGCAACUGCACAUUUCGAGUUUACUUUGAAUGAAAUCCAGACACAACUAAAACAACAUGACAUACACAGUGUAAAACUCCGCCAGGAAAACACUGAACUGGGAGAGAAACUUAAGAAGCUUAUUGAACAGUAUGCACUGAGGGAAGAGCAUGUUGGUAAAGUGUUCAAACACAAAGAAUUGCAGCAGCACCUUGUGGAUGCCAAACUUCAGCAAACAACACAACUUAUAAAGAAAGCUGAUGAAAAACAUCAGAGAGAAAGAGAGUUUUUGUUAAAAGAAGCCACAGAAUCAAGGCACAAAUACGAAGAAAUGAAUCAGCAAGAAGUACAAUUAAAACAACAGCUUUCUCUUUAUAUGGAUAAGUUUGAAGAAUUCCAGACUACCAUGGAAAAAAGCAAUGAGCUGUUUACAACCUUCAGGCAAGAAAUGGAAAAGAUGACAAAGAAAAUGAAAAAACUCGAAAAAGAAGUGAUAAUGUGGCGUACCAAAUGGGAAAAUAAUAAUAAAAUACUUCUGGAAAUGGCUGAAGAGAAAACUGUCUGUGAUAAAAAGUACAAGCUAUUUCAGAUAAAGUUGGAACGGCUAGAGAAGCUGUACAGAGCUCUUCAGAUGGAAAGAAAUGAGCUCACUGAAAAGGUGCAAGUCCUGAGAGAGCAGCUCUCUGUAAAAACAUCAGAUGUAGAUUUAGCAACGCCUAUAAUACAGCCCUGCAGUGCUCUUGAUUCUCAGAAAGAAGUGAUCACCCACUCUAAAAGAUCUCCAGGAGGCAAACUGGGGGUUGAAUCCAAAGGAACAAAUGAAACAAAAUGCAGUUUAAAUGACCCUUUUUAUGUGAUCUCUUCUGGGCAUUGAUUCUGUUGACUAAGAUGAAGUAUGAUCACAGUAUUAAGAGAUAUAUUUUGAGUAUAACUUUUAUGUAGUAGCUCUUAUUCCUUUUGUGAUGAAAAUUUUCUAAGUUUUUUUUUUACCAUAUAUUAUUUUCUUAGCUGUUGGACUAUAUGAUACAGGAGACUGCUUAACUGUCUUCAUUGUUUGAUGUAUACAUUUUCUACUCCUUUAUUGUAUACAUUUGCCUUAUUUUUCCUAUAUUGGAAUGCAUGUACUCAUUACCUUGUCCUUUUAAUUACUUCUGUUUAUUUGCUCAUUGCCUUAUCCCUGCCUCUUGAAUAUAAUUAUCACAAUUAAAGUGAGAAUUAUUCUGAUAAUGGCUCCUCUAUGUAGAAAUUAAUACCAAUUUAACUCUAGUUCAUUAAUAUAAAAGAAAAAAUAAUAAAGUUGAUUACUUUUGACCAGUAACUCAUUUAAAAGUCAGGUGAAAAUAAAAUAAAAGUGCAGUGUGGGAUAUGAAACAAGCAAAGCAUGUUUGAUUCAUAUUAGUUUUUGAUAAUAUUUUCAUCACUUGACAAACUGAGAUAACUGCAAAUUUUCAGUCCUACAAAAUUGUGGCAGAAUAUGUGUAUGAAAUACCAUUUGUUUGGAAAGCAUUAUAUUCUGGCAAGUCACUGGACAAAGGCUGAAAGUUUAUGAGACUUAAAAAUAUUUGUUUCAGUUUUAAAUUGGAACAUAUGCUUGAAGAAAAAAAAAUCAGUAUUUAGGUGUUCGCAUUUACAGUGGGAAAAUUUCUGAAGUUCGAAUUUUGUUCUUCAUUAGUUUGAUAUAGAAAAGCUAAAUAACCUUACUUGUAUGUUUCUGUUACAUUGUGAUGUAAAAGGGCUUAAAAAUUGAAUUGUCUCAUAGGAAAGAGCCCGUAAUGUGAAAUAGUUAAAAAUUUCCAUCACUGACCUUGAUGAUCAAGGGUAUGGACAGUAAAGCAAAGAACAUAUAUGAAAACUGACUAAUUAAUCUGCAAAAAUUAACAAAGCCAAAUACAGUAGUUUAACGGAUUUUUUUAUAGUACCUCCUUUAGUUACUAAAGGGCUUCUCCUUCUCCAGGGUAUCCCUGGUGGCUUAGAUGUUAAAAAAAAAACCUGCUUCCCAUUGCAGGAGAUGCAAGAGAUGCAGGUUUAGUCCCUGGUUCAGAAAGAUUCCCUGGGGAAGGGCAUGGCAACCCACUCCAGUAUUCUUGCCUGGAGAAUUCCAUGGACAGAGGAGCCUGGUGGCCUACAGUCCACGGGAUCUGAAAAAGCUGGACACAACUGAAUGAUUACCACUUAGGUUACUAACUGAAAAUAUUGGACCCACUUCUGUGAGAGAGAAAAUAGAUAUGUGCUAGAAAUUAAGAUUUUUUUUAAAAAUAAUAUGAUUGAUGGUAUUUCAGUAGCACCCUGCUGCUUAUAAGAUAUUGACAUUUAAGGUUGAGGUAGCUGUGUUGCCUGCCACACUUCUUUGUAGCACUUAUUUCUAUGUAAGGUAAAUCUUGGGCUGAAUUCAGUGUGGUUGACAGGAGUUAAUUCAGUUUUGGGGAUACUAGGUAUAUUGGGUAAUGUGUGAAAUAAUAUAGAUAUUAAAAAUAUGUAAAUUCUAUGGGAUGCAUUUGGUUUCUCUUCACAGUUUUGCCUCUGACUGUCACUGUACCACCUUUGAUUCUUCAACCCUUGUUUGUAAAUACUUCAACUGGCUGAUGAAAAGUUGCCAUAUGAUUAAAUUGUGCUUGCUUUACCAUUUUAGGGAAUCUUCUAGAGUGUAAAAUCUAUAGUGGCAGUGGAUACCAAAGUACACAAAAAACGAGGGUGUAGAAUAACUUAAUUGAAAAUUAUAUUUUUAGUUGUGUAGGAUGAAAUUUUGUUAGGAGCCCAGUAUUUUUUUUUUUUUCUUUUGACUGUCACAUUUCUCAGGUGCUGCAGAAAUAUCUACCUCUUUCAAGCUAUAAAUAGAAAAUUACUGAAAAUGCUAAAUACACUCCUAUUUUUAUAACAUACAUUUUUCUGAGGAUAAAAGAUUAAUGAGGCUGUCACUUUGCUUUUCAAAGACAUUUUGUAGCUGUUUCACAAAUGUGAAUUUUACCUGCUCUGUUAAAGGUAGAGUAAAUCUGUGAUGACUAAUGUAACA